ACAAUGGCAUUAACUAACCUCAGGGAUGGACUCUUCAUUAGCUUCAAUCACCAAGGCUAUGGACAAGACUUAGAUGGUACUAUUGUGCUUCUCAAGGGGUUGCUGAGUUUGUACCUGGUUGGUCACAAAGAUCAGUUCCUGUCAUUGAAUAAUCUUGCAGGCUUCAAUAACCAAGGUGAUAAUCAAGAUUUGGAUGCUGCCAUCGCACUGACCCAGAUUGUGCUGGGUUUGCACUCAAUAAGUCACCCAGAUAGAACAUUGUCAUUGAAUAACUGUCAUAUC